AUGCCUAUCAAUGAUAAAUCAGGUGUUUCGGGUGGUGUUACUUGGGUUACUAGUACUGUUGGCAACGGCGUCUCAGGCCUCACAAAUACAGUAGGUGGUGUAGUCGGAGCUGUAGGACGUGGUUUGGGAGAGACGGUUAAUGGGGUUACGGGGAAUGCUGGUAAACCGGUAGGAGAUGGGAUUAAAGAUGUAGGAGAGGGGAUAGAGGGUGGUGCGGCGAGGGUAGCGAAGGGGGUUAAGAAUGCGGGAGAGGGUCAGCAUGGGCCGCUGAGAUAG